AUGCUGCGCUGCACCUCGGCGGCGGCCUCCAGAAGGGGUCGGGAGAUGCGUCUGGAGCGGACGUCGGUCGUGAGUGGGGCGAGGGUGGCGGCCGUGAUGGAGGCAGGGCUUGCGUACUGCCUCGGCGUGGCGGCGACGCUUGCGCGGGCGUGCUUCGGGGGCGGGCACUCGGAACAUUGGGGCGGCGACGGGCGCGAGCGGCAAGCGAAUGUGGCUCAGAUCGGCCCGCUCGUGGAGCUCUUCCACGCGUCCCUGCAACAUGCCGAGCGGCUCUCGCGUGCGUUCCCAGUCAUCACGUCGGCCUUCAUUGGCGUGGCGGUUCGCGGAGAUUCUGGUCGUGCUUUCGAGACGCCCAUGGUUGCGAAGAUGGCCAAGGUCCUGGCCAUGUGCUCCCGGUGCCUGACCGCCGAGCCCGGCGGUGGCGCAGGCGCGUCCGCCGGCAACCAGGGCUCGGCGGCCAACGCUGCCCCGUGCGGCCGGUCCGCCUACAAGCGCAAGCGCACGAAACCUGUGCGAUCUGCAUCGAGAUGUUGCCAACAGAGGAGGACGGCGACCUCGAAGUCGGCGGACUUUGCAGUGCGGCCACCGCUUCCACACCGCGUGCGUCCAGGACCUGAGUGGCUCGCGAAGGUGCCCUCCUGUCCCCUGUGCAAGCAGUCCGCGGUCGACCCGGGCAGAUUAGUGCCCACACCAUGCCGUUCGCGUCGCGGGCCGUCUUGA